AUGGGACGGGAUAAGUACGAGAACGAAGAUUUGAUCGCAUACGGAUGGCCAGAGGAUGUGUGGUUCCACGUUGACGAUGUCUCUUCUGCCCACGUUUACAUCCGUCUAAACCCCGGAGAAACCAUUGAAGAUAUCCCAGAGGAAACAUUGGAAGAUGUGUUCCAACUGGUGAAGAACCACUCCAUUUCUGGUUGCAAGAUGCCAAAGGUGAACAUUGUGUAUACAUACUGGAGCAACCUGCGCAAAGACCAGACGAUGGACACAGGUACGAUCGGUUUCCACAACCAGAAGGAUGUGAGAAAGAAGAUUGGCGUGUCGCGUGAUCGCCUGAUUGUCAACCGCAUCGAGAAGACAAAGGUGGAGGGAAAUCCCGAUUUCCGGAAGGAGAGAGCGGAUCGUGACGCGAACGAGUUGCGAGAGAAGAAGAAGGCGUUCAAGGAGCAGAGAAUAAGAGAAAAGGAAGAAAUGGAGGCAAAUAAGAGACGACAAGAGGAACUCAGCUACGAGUGA